AUGGGGAAACCCUUGAGGCUGCUGGUAACUUGUGUCCCUGCAUCCAUUGUACUUAUUGCGCUUUUUGUGUACGCAACAAGGAGUCGCUUCACGGGUGAAGUGACUAGGAUUGAUAAUAACCAGGACCAGAGAAAGGUGGAUGAACACGAUGUUCAGGAAGGAGUCGCUCUUGAGACAAACAGCAUCGCUCUCGAAGGCAGCCUGAUGGUGCCUUCCCACUCAGGAAAGGAUGAUCUCCGUUCCAACAGUACAUGGAACCCCUGUACAUUUGAUAUCUGUUUCAACCUAGAGAAAUGUCCAUUCACUCACCCAUUCGCCACCUACGUGUAUGAUGAUCUGCUUACGUCUUCCUCGAAUGAAAAUCCAUUUUCUCCACAACUUUUAGUAGAUGUCUUGAAGGAGACAGGUUCAUACACCUCUGACCCUACUAAAGCAUGUGUGUUUUUCAGUAUUCUUUGGAACAGAGAAAGUGAAAGAGAAAACGUUGGCCACCUGGAGAAAAAAAUUCACUCCCUGGCACAGUGGGGGGCAUAUGGCGAAAACCACGUUCUGGUUGAGCUGUCCACUGACCAGAGCCCUGGCCGCAGCAUGUUGGAAGGUGUUUCAACAGGAAAGGCUAUCAUUGCACGGAGUGUCAUCUCACCAGCCAAGCUGUUCAGUACAGGCUUUGACAUCCUUCUCCCUCCACUCAGGACGGCAGAGGCAGACUCGAUGGAUUUGCUAUCCCCUCUCCUUCCUGUAUCCCGAGAAACUUUUAUCCACUUCCACGGAGAACACUGUCCACAUCAACACCCAGGCCCUGGUGCUAUCACUCCAGAACACAUCAGAAGUCUCCAGCAGCUCUUAAAAGGUAAAGAGAGAGUGGACAUUCAGCUCCAGUGCCAACAGCCAGCCACCGGGAAGACAAAGGGGGCAAAGGAGGGGCAGUGGAUGUUGUGUGGAGACCAGAAAUCUCGACUUGAGCUCUGUUCCAAGUCUAUGUUCUCCCUCGUCCCAAGUCCAGGUGGCCCUAACGCUGGAACAGGAGUCGGUAUCUAUACUAGACUGAUAGAGUCUCUGAUGUGUGGCUCUAUACCAGUUGUCGUUGGAGUAGGGGUUCUCCCAUUUGACGAAGUAAUUGACUGGAGUCGGGCAGGACUCAUCGUUCCUUCUGGCCGGUACUCUGAUAUCCUCCACAUCCUGCGUAGUGUUAGUUCAGGUGACAUUCAGAACUUCAGACUCAAGGGCCGACAUUUGUGGUACACCUACUUCAGCUCUCCACUGAGGGUUGUCCAGAUUGCUGUAGCCAUAGUGAGGUCACGGACUCUCCACCCACCUCCCCCUGCUCCUCACUUUCUUGGGAAGCAGCUCCUUUACUCCUGCCCCCCACCACAAGCAGAUUACCUCUCCUUCCUUCACCAAUAA